AUGCGGGACCCGCGGGGCGCUGUCAGUUCCUGCAGCAGCAGCCGCCGCCGCCCUGCAGCAGCAGCCGCCGCCAGGCCUACAGCAGCAGCCGCCGCCAGGGUCUGCAGCAGCAGCCGCCGCCAGAGCCUGCUGCAGCAGCCGCCGCCAGGGUCUUCAGCAGCGGCCGCCGCCAGGGUCUGCAGCAGCAGGCGCCGUCAGAUCCUGCAGCAGCAGCCGCCGCCGGCCUGCAGCAGCAGACGCCUCCGCCCUGCAGCAGCAGCCGCCGCCAGGCCUGCAGCAACAGACGCCGCCGCCCUGCAGCAGCAUCCGCCGCCAGGCCUCCAGCAGCAGCCGCCAGGCCUGCAGCAGCAGCCGCCGCCAGAGCCUGCAGCAGCAGCCGCCGCCAGAGCCAGCAGCAACCGCCGCCAGAGCCUGCAGCAGCAGCCGCCGCCAGAGUCUGCCGCAGCAGCCGCCGCCAGAGCCUGCAACAGCAGCCGCCGCCAGCGCCUGCAGCAGCUACCGCCCCUGGACCCGGUACGCUCUGUGCUGCCCUGCCUGUGCUGCCCUGUGCUGCCCGUGUCUGUGCUGCCCUGUGCUGCCCGUGCCCUUGCUGCCUGUCCCUGUGCUGCCUGUGCCUGUUGCUGCCUGUGCCUGUGCUGCCCGUGCCUGUUGCUGCCCGUGCCUGUGCUGCCCGUGCCUGCGCUGCCCGUGCCUGUGCUGCCCGUGCCUGUGCUGCCCGUGCCUGUGCUGCCCGUGCCUGUGCUGCCCGUGCCUGUGCUGCCCGUGCCUGUGCUGCCCGUGCCUGUGCUGCCCGUUGCCUGUGCUGCCCGUGCCUGCGCUGCCCGUGCCUGUGCUGCCCGUGCCUGUGCUGCCCGUGCCUGUGCUGCCCGUGCCUGUGCUGCCCGUGCCUGUGCUGCCCGUGCCUGUGCUGCCCGUGCCUGUUGCUGCCCGUGCCUGUGCUGCCUGUGCCUGUUGCUGCCUGUGCCUGUGCUGCCCGUGCCUGUGCUGCCCGUGCCUGUGCUGCCCGUGCCUGUUGCUGCCUGUGCCUGUGCUGCCUGUGCCUGUGCUGCCUGUGCCUGUGCUGCCCGUGCCUGUGCUGCCCGUGCCUGUGCUGCCCGUGCCUGUGCUGCCUGUGCCUGUUGCUGCCCGUGCCUGUGCUGCCCGUGCCUGUGCUGCCCGUGCCUGUGCUGCCUGUGCCUGUUGCUGCCUGUGCCUGUGCUGCCCGUGCCUGUGCUGCCCGUGCCUGUGCUGCCCGUGCCUGUUGCUGCCUGUGCCUGUGCUGCCUGUGCCUGUGCUGCCCGUGCCUGUGCUGCCCGUGCCUGUGCUGCCCGUGCCUGUGCUGCCCGUGCCUGUUGCUGCCCGUGCCUGUGCUGCCCGUGCCUGUUGCUGCCUGUGCCUGUGCUGCCUGUGCUUGUUGCUGCCUGUGCCUGUGCUGCCCGUGCCUGUGCUGCCCGUGCCUGUGCUGCCCGUGCCUGUGCUGCCCGUGCCUGUGCUGCCCGUGCCUGUUGCUGCCCGUGCCUGUGCUGCCCGUGCCUGUGCUGCCCGUGCCUGUGCUGCCCGUGCCUGUGCUGCCCGUGCCUGUGCUGCCCGUGCCUGUGCUGCCCGUGCCUGUUGCUGCCCGUGCCUGUGCUGCCCGUGCCUGUGCUGCCCGUGCCUGUGCUCCCCGUGCCUGUGCUGCCCGUGCCUGUGCUGCCUGUGCCUGUUGCUGCCCGUGCCUGUGCUGCCCGUGCCUGUGCUGCCCGUGCCUGUGCUGCCUGUGCUGCCCGUGCCUGGGUGUAG